AUGGCGCAACGAAAGCUACAGCAAGAGAUUGACAAGGUGCGCGACGCAAUGCGCAAACGAAUGACACAGCUGUUGACUUGCGACAGNACGUUCAAACGAGUGGCCGAAGGUGUGCAGGCAUUUGAGGGCAUCUACGACAAGCUACAACAAUCGACGAAUCCCUCGCAGAAGGAGAAGCUCGAGGACAACCUGAAAAAGGAAAUCAAGAAGCUACAAAGGUCGCGAGACCAGAUCAAAGCAUGGGCCGCCCAAAAUGAUAUCAAGGACAAGAAACCAUUGCUGGAUCAGCGCAAGCUGAUCGAGACGGUAUUGAGAGCUAUCCUGAAAUACUCAUGGUUGCCGCUAACGCAUGCCAAANNGCAAAUGGAAAAGUUCAAGGCCGUCGANAAGGAAAUGAAGACAAAAGCCUUCUCCAAAGAAGGACUAUCAGCCGCCGCAAAGCUCGAUCCGAAAGAGAAAGAGAAAUUGGAGAUAUGCGACUUCUUGGGGAACAUGGUCGAAGAGCUGGAAAGACAGAUUGAGGUCACAGAAGCCGAGGCAGAAACGCUACAGGCGAAUAUGAANAAGGGCAAGAAGGACACAGCCAAGGCCGACCGGAUAGCAGAGCUGGAACGAAUGGCCGAGCGACAUAAAUGGCACCAAGGGAAGCUCGAGCUAUUACUACGAUCACUGGAGAACGGUGGCGUGGAUACCGACCAAGUCAAGGACAUUGAAGAAGGAAUCAGAUACUAUGUCGAGAACAACCAGGAGGUCGACUUUAUGGAAGACGACACCAUCUACGACGACUUGAAUCUCGAUGCCGACGAGCAGAUGUUUGGCCUGCAGAACGACGAUGAUCGUGUGUCAUCACAGGACAACCAAUCACAACACGACGAUACCCCCGACCAGCCAGAGCCGGCCACGAAGGUUGCACAGUCGACACCGGCGAAGCUCACCAAACAGUCCUCGGUCGAUAUCCCCAGCGCCCAACCGAGGCGGCCGUCCAUACAGCUCAAGUCGCCUUUACCUGCCUUGGCCACGUUGCAUGCCUCAACACCGAGUAGCGUAAAUGGCAGCGCGCCGCCGGGCAUGAAGCCCGCUCCCCUGCCGAACAUUCCCACUGGCCAGACUCUCAAAUACGCCUCGGCUGCAGCUGCGGCUGCGGCGAGCGACAAGAGUGGUGUUGGUAUUGCUCCUCUUCCGCCCCCGCCAGGUGCUACCACCGCGACUGCCCGACCCAGCUCAACUGCCUCUCCCGCCCCAACACCCUCACAGCCAGUCACCCACCAGCCCUCGCCGGCACAACCGCCGCCGCCUCAACCUGCGAAGCCACAGGAACCUCCGGCGAAGACGCCCUCGCCUGCUCAAGAGCCUGCUCCCCCUGCCCCGGAGCCCAAGGCCAAGAAGAGCUCGAAGCAAGCACAACAACCAUCGCAAGAUUCUGGUGUUGCUCUUACGAAUGGCGAGUCUUCCAGACAACAGAAACUGCCCCAGCCCCAGCAGCAACAGCAACAGCAAGAAGAGGAGGAAGAGCAGGAAGACGUGUCCUACUACCACCUGCCAGCAAGCUUAAGCGAUCUGCUCGAGUCUUUCACUACCACAAAGCAGCGGGCUCUUUCGGCAAAUCCUACAGUCCCCGAGGAUCACCUGCUCUCUUUGUCACGGAGUACUAUGCCUACACCGAUGGAUGCCGAGAAGCCUUAUCACUACAAGCCAGCAUCGCCCUACGCUUACACACCGGCUCACUACCCUCAAGAGCCUCUCCCUGUGUUUGACGACCCGCGACUGUACAGCAGAAUCGAAACGGACACAUUGUUCUACGCCUUCUACUACCGCCAAGGCACUUACCAGCAGUUCCUGGCAGCAAAGGCAUUGAAGAGCCAAAGUUGGCGCUUCCACAAGCAGUACCAAACUUGGUUCCAACGACACGAAGAGCCCAAGAACAUCACCGAGGAGUACGAACAAGGAACAUAUCGCUUCUUCGACUACGAGAGCACAUGGUACGUUAACAUCUGCAUAUCGAUAUCAUUACUCUUCUGA